AUGUCUCAGCUUGCAAGAAACAACAAUGGCGAGAACAAUGUAGCACGGUUGUCGCCAAUUCGAAUGCCCUGGUUCGAUAACUCGGAACUAAUCAGAAGUUUAGGUAAAACUCGGGUCGGUAGGGUUACGAAUCCCGCGAUGCAGAAUAGAGAAGACGACAUUCUUGAAGUUCUCAAAACAGAGCCUUUUAGUUUUAAUCAAUGGAUGGUUUCGAUUGUAAGAUGGGAACCGGUUAUACGCAAUAACUAUCCAUCGGAUAUAACGUUUUGGGUCAGAAUAAUUGGUGUUCCUGUGGAAAUUUCUACUGAUCGGGAUUUUCGGAGAAUCGGGAAUGAGCUUGGCACGGUUAGAGAAGUUGAUGAAGUAAACGCGAUGGUUAAAGUGACUAUCGAUAGUACUAUACCGUUGUGUUUCGAAAUAUCGGUUCAAUUUGUAACCGGUGGUGACAUGGCGGAUGUGAAAAUGGAGUAUGAGAAGCUUUUAGGUUAUUGUGCUACUCGUUUUAGUCUUUGUCAUGACAAAGAAUCUUGCCCGGAAAGCGAUUUGCACGAAGAUGAUGUUUUGGUAGAUGAAGUGAAGCAUAUGAGUGAAUCAAACUAA